AUGUCGGUACAAGAGCUCUUCCUCGUGACGGGCGCCAAUGGCUACAUUACCGCUGCGCUGGUUCGGCAGCUGCUCCAAGACGGCAAACGUGUGCGUGCGACUGUACGACGUCAACAGGCGGGCGACGAUCUGCGAGCUGCCCUGCCUGCCUCCACCGUAGGCAAGCUGGAACUCGCAAUUGUACCCGACAUCAUUGCUCCCAACGCAUUCAAAGAAACUCUCCAAGAUGUGACGCAUGUUUUCCACAUGGCAUCUCCGCUUCCGGGCGAGGGCAAGACCGAUGCCAAGCGCGACUUCCUCGAUCCAGCCAAGCUCGGCGUACUGACGCUACUGCAGGACUCAAGUGUCACGCCAUCAGUUCAGAAAGUGGUCUUGACCGCCAGUGUUGCUUCGAUCUUGGACGCCAGUCGUGUCGAUACCGGCGGCAGCUACACGGAGAAAGACUGGAAUCCAAUCACUUACGACUACGCCAUUAAGCUCGGGGCGGGGCUUGCAACUGGCAGUACGAAUCCGAUGAUCAUCUACGCCGCAAGCAAGACUCUGGCUGAACGAGCUGCCUGGGACUUUGUGCGCGAGCACAAACCGUCGUUCGCCUUUGCAGCUGUUCAUCCGGGAUUUGUUGUGGGCAGGCCCGUUACAGGUAGUAUCAGCGGCUCAAACGGUAUGCUGUGGCAAGCACUCACAGCUCGUCCUGUGCAGGAGUCCGCACAGCCCAUGGCGCUUGUCGACCUCGAGGAUGCAGUGCGCGGUCACUUGCGGGCCAUGCAGCGCAAAGAAGCCGAUGGUGGCAGAUUCCUCCUGGUGGCAGGACAGCCUCUCACCCACGAAGCGAUCAAUUGGGCUAAAGACCGCCAGCCAGAUCUGCCCUUUGAUCGAGUCGACAUUCCUGCAGAUGCCGAGGAGAGGAAGAGGAAGUUUACGGGCUACGACAAUUCGGCCUCUCGCGACGUGCUGGGCAUCGAGUACAAGAGCCUCGAACAGACGAUCGGCGACUACGCGGACUGGGCUGCCACUGCCAUCAAGUCCAAGUUCUGA